CAAGGACUGAUAUCAUGAUACUUUUACCCUAGCCUCAAUUGUACGAGAAUGUCCUUUCAAUUUUUCUCAUGAUGGCAUCUCAUAUCGGGUCGGUAGCAGCUCACCCGACGUGUUUGGUGGUCUGAAAUGCAACGCAAAUUGGCCGCCUACCAGCCGAUUGGGUUCCCAACCAAAGAUUGGGGAUUAUGAAGAGUCAGUUUGUGGCAUGCUUUAUGAGUUAUGAUAAUUCCUGCGCAUUGUCUUACUGGAGAGGAAACUCUGCUGUACCGUACAGUACUGUAGGGUUACGCAGCCGCACGCAAAGGGCGGGCCUGUGACCUGUCCGAGAUGCAUACCUUGGGUCAGUGAAUCCCCAACUUCUGAGGUCGUACACGAACCCUUUUGUCUCUCUGACUUGUUGGACUCGACGAUGGUCAAUCAUUUCUCCAAAACCUCAAUAUUCGAGUUGAUCAACAAGGGCCUCUCUUGGUCCUGAGCGUUCCGGGGAAGAUAUAUCCACUUACUCGUCUCACAAAGCGCUUCCUCCUCUCCUCUCCUCUCCAUGCACACACGCCCCCCAAGGAUGGAUGCAAGCAACUCAUGGUGGACCUUUUGGUUUUGACUUUGACCUCUCUCUGUCUGUAUCCUCCAUUUUAUCCGACGUGACCGCAUGCACCGUCCGUACAGCUCAGAGGUUGAUGGUAAUCUAGACAGUCUAGUCCGUCUCAUGCAUGCACGACACCCGCUUUGCCCUGAUCUGAUAUUACGUCUCCCGCUAAAAAGCGAUCCGCAAAGGAUUCGAGUCCUACCCAUCAGUGGAAAACUCGGCCAAAUCCAAGCUUGAGAUUUCGAUGCCGAUCAAUUGAGAACCAAAUUUGCCAUGAGGUAGUCUAGGAACUGAACCGCUUUGAGUAGAGAGCUACCCCUCAUCUUGUUGGUAGGAUCACAAGCCGAAGUAUCCUCUCCCGCCGGAUCCGACUGUUAGUUCAGCCACCCAACAUCAGAAGUACAAAAAUAUCAGGGGAAUGGAGAUUGUAGCAAUGGGCAAACUUGGCAACAAUCCCAUUCUGGCUGGUUUUCUUCCAUCGCUUUGUUUCCGAAAUGCUGCUUCGGGUAAUCUAAGCGUGGUGUUGAAGAUCUCUAAGAAUAUGUAGACUACAUGUUGUUCAAGGGCUGAUGCUAUCGAAAGCGGCCUCAUGCAGACCCCGAAACGUCCAAGACGCCGAUCUCGCUCAAUUUUCGACAAAAGACACACUUGUCAACUGUCAAUUAUUUGUGUCUGUCUGUCUUUUGUUAACUGCUCCAAGGAUGUCACAACCAAUUGGGUUUCCUCGACCCUUGCUCCCUGUCCCUGUCAGACUUCCACAUCGUGAUGGGGGCUACAUGGGGAAAGUUGAGCGAUGAGCAUUUUUGUCUGGUCCAGGCGGUUCUUUCAAAAGAAAAUGGUGUUUUUCCAGAGGCAAAAGGUGUCUCUGUAAUUGCUGGCAUCAGUCAGCAAUGACGAAGAGAGGUUCAGGGUCAGGUCGAUUUUAUUGCAUGUCGUGAGGCUCGAAUCACAUGCUUGAUGUCAUGUCAUAUCAUAUCAUAUCAUGCAAGUAUCGAGACCAUGUUCAAUGUGCAAUGCAGUGUACCAUGAUAGAUAACUUAUAACAAUUCAUUUACCCUAUGCUCAGGGACCUUUACCAACGAUUGAUUAUCCAGAUCCGCGGAAAAAGCAAGGACAUGUUACCAAAGAUCUGUAAAACAAUCCCCAACCCCCCGCAUUCUCUGUCAACUAUAAAAUGUUGUUUAAAUGAUAUCCAUGGUCCUGGAACUUAACGGCCCUUUUGAGGAUAUCAGACAUAACCGACGUUGGGCCUUGAAGAAUCGCAUGAUCACUCACUACGGUGCUUGCGAUACCCAACUGCAACCCCUUAUUAACCCACGCGGCAAUUGUUGAGUUGGAAUGGAUGGAAUGUAAACCACACGUUGUUUGUCUUCGGCUCAACUCCUCCAAUGAUUUAGAUGGCUCACAAAACCCUGACGUAACGUAAGGUGCCCCCCCCCCCCGCGUUGUUAGUUGACUUUUUGCUUUUAUAUAUCCCACCCAUCUCCCUCUUUAAUGUUUGACGGUAAAGAACCAUCAUCCUCUCGAUCGAACUGUCCCUAAAGAGACGAAAAAAACAUCAUCAGAAGAAAGGCGAACACACAAAAAUCAUCAUGAACCCGAUCGUUGACAUUGCGCAUCGUCCAGAGACGCCAAAACCUGACCCGCCGAUUCCGAACGAGCCAGACAAUGGCGAGGGCGAUGGUAUCACAGACUUUCUGCACUAAAUGCAGUAUGAAAUGAGCGUUUGAGAUAAACGAGUGUACCUUACGGUAGGUUCUCUGAUGAUACUCACUAUUUUUCGACUGAUCAGAAAUGGUUAGCAUGAAACGAAUUGAUGCUCUACUUGCGGCGUUUUUGAACAAUUAUCCCAUUGUAAACACAACUGUACGAGAAUGCAUCGCGAUCACAUUAUUUUCCCAUUGCUAGUCUAUGAGCGAAAUACGAGACUCAUUAUCGGUGAUGAGACUUUUUUCUUCUUCUUCUUUUUCUUAAGAGUCGUUGAGCCUGGGAACUUGGGCAUAUGAGUUUUGAGGUCAGAGACCACCAAGGGCGUGAUGCAGAUUGAGUUUGAGUAUUGAUAUCACGAAGAAUGACACGAGAGAGCAACUGGAAAUAAGAUUUUCCAAGAAAGGCAGCUUAGCAAAUAGUUUUGCGCAAUGUUAUUAUUUUAUGAAAACAUCGUCAUCAUCUGCUUUUGAAGUACGCCUCCGUAACUGUCCCAUUAAACUGCCUUACCGGCAUUUACGCCAUAUGAUAAAGCCAUAGCAUACGUCAUUUCAUUCAACUUCGCUUCGUAACUCGGGGCUUCUUCUCCAUCAUCACAUCAACACCAGGAGCACCCAGAAUCGAAAUUUCGCUUGUGGCUUACUUACGAUUUUGAACUUUUGCGCUCAUUAACCUUGCCAACCGAGACAUCACAUAAACGUGCCCAAGGCAGCAAUAAAGGCACCAUCAUGAGCGACGCUUCAAACCAACCAGCCCGCGCGGGAUCUCUCACGCCGGAGAUGAUAGAAUUCGCAAGCAGGAUGUACGAUGCUGCGAGAAAGGGAGACGUGGCUACGUUUGAGCAGGCUCUCCCAGCAGGCCUACCUCCAAAUCUGACAAACGACAAGGGCGAUACUCUGCUUAUGCUCGCUGCGUACCACGGCCACGCCGAUUUAGUAAAGGUUCUCAUUCAACAUGGUGCGGACCCUAAUCGUCUCAAUGACCGAGGGCAGAGUCCUCUCGCUGGGGCAGUGUUCAAGAAGGAAGACGCAGUAAUUCAAGAGUUGCUAGAUGGCGGCGCGGAUCCUGAAUACGGGCAGCCAAGUGCUGCUGAAUGCAUCGCAAUGUUCAAACAGGAGGAUAUCUGGAAGUCAAAAUUUGAUGGAGCCCCCGGCAGAGGACAGGCUGGAAAGACAAGGGAGGCCGAGGGUAAAGAAUGAUGGUCUAGGUUUGAAAAGUCCGAGUGAGUCAAGUUACUUGUUAUGGUACCUGUCGAGGAAAGAAACCUUGCUACUUAUAUUGAGAAUACACGAAAUAUUGUAAUGAAGCGAGAUGGGUUGAAUGGUUCUCUUUAUGAGUAAGGAUUCGCGGGAAGAGCUAAUCAAAAGAAUGCGUGAAAGCGUCCUCAAUUGCUGUGUGCACCAAACUUCAGCGACAACCUCUAAUUUGCCCCCUGGUGUCGCUGGUGAUGAUGAGGAUUCUGCUCCACUGCAUCAGCGAAAAGCACUGUAGAUACAUGCUCGUCCCAAUGCCUAAUGAGGCCCGAUACCCAACUCAAAGCAAGUUCCAUCUUUGCCCGUUCCUGCUCGAGGAUGGUCCUUUGCUCGUCUCCUUCUCCGGCCAACCUGAAGAUGAACUCCAAGUAAUACAUCAUCUUCUUCUCGACAAGCUCCCUCGGAAGGCCACCAUCUCUAUGCUCCAUGAGGCGGCAGAGCUCAAACAUAUUUUCCUCGAGGGAAUACCUCAUUUCCAGCAUCUCUCCCUCGUAGUUGCGUAGGUCAGGAAGGUUGACGAGGAGUAAGCUCAAUGCCGCUGCGCCUUCUUCCCAAGUGCCGUCCGCAUGAUACGACAGCUGCCGAUCUGGAUUCGGAUCAGGGUCAGGUAGUGCGGGAAGCUUAUUGCUGCAAAACAAGCCCCUGACGUGUAAUACAGGACGGUUGGGUUGUGAGUUCCCUUCUCGAUUUGAGAGCAAGAGUUGGGAAUGAGUAGACUUCGCCCCUGGAGUCAGAGAGGGAUGGUCUAGGACCAAACGGACAGGGAGGUGACAUUGCCGGGGCGGAAUCGCAGGUUCUAGACACUGUAGUAUCUUUGUUUGUGAUGGAGAUGGACUAACUGUGACAUGAACUUGAUCAUCCGACAAUGGAGGGGUUGGCAAUGAAGACUGGCCAGUUUCCUUGUUGCCUCGAUCUUUGAAUAAGCUGCAUAGUACU